UGCAGCGUUAGCUGACUCCUGAUCUGGCUGCACAACUGAUAGCAAUACGACCAAACGUGCUCAAGCUAUAGUCCCAUCAUGGCUGAUGUCAAGAAUUUUUUGUAUGCCUGGUGUGGAAAGAAGAAAGUUACCCCUAACUACGAUAUCCGCGCAGCAGGAAACAAAAAUCGUCAAAAGUUCUUGUGCGAGGUGCGUGUUGAUGGCUUUAACUAUAUAGGCAUGGGGAACUCUACAAACAAAAAGGAUGCCCAGAGCAAUGCAGCCAAGGAUUUUGUCAACUAUUUGAUUCGUGUCGGAGAAGUCAAAAGUGAUGAAGUGCCGUUAGUUGGGGCAGGGGAUACUAUGGAUGGAUUACAGCCUGACACUGCAGGAGGAUUUGAUGGUCCAUCUGGGGGUCCCUCGCCACCACAUUUGGCCUUGAAGGAAGAAGCUGGAGGUGACGGCGGAUAUGGUGUUAACAGUGUAGGUGCUUCCAAUUUUAGUGGCGGUGCCAGCUGGGAGCGUGGAGCCAAUCUGAAGGAUUAUUAUUCCAAGAAGGAAGAUCAGGAGAAUAAGGCUACUCUAGAAUCAGAAGAAGUGGAUUUAAAUGCUGGUUUGCAUGGGAACUGGACUCUAGAAAAUGCCAAGGCACGUCUUAAUCAGUUCUUUCAGAAGGAAAAGACACAAGGCGAAUACAAAUACUCACAAGUAGGACCCGACCACAACAGGAGCUUUAUAGCAGAAAUGACCCUGUAUGUUAAGCAGCUCGGAAGAAGGAUCACGGCCAGAGAGCAUGGCUCCAAUAAGAAACUGGCAGCUCAAUCCUGUGCCCUAUCACUUGUGCGUCAGUUGUACCAUCUGGGUGUAAUUGAACCCUAUUCUGGACUAACCAAAAAAAAGGAAGGAGAAUCUGUGGAACCGUACCAGGUUACUUUGAGUCCAGAUAUUCAAAAACAGCUACAGAAUGUAGUUCAAGAGCUAGAGAUUGAAUUGCCUCUCCCGCCUGAGGAUCCGAGUCAACCAGUCUCUCUCAAUCUGGGAAAGCUUGUGCAUUUUGAGCCCUCGCAAAGGCAGAAUCAGUCUGGAGUUGUGCCAUGGUCUCCGCCUCAGGAAAACUGGAAUCCUUGGACCAGCAGCAACAUUGACGAGGGUCCACUUGCUUUUGCAUCACAAGAGCAAAUCAGUGCUGAUUUGAAGAGUGAAAUGGAGUACCAAAUGCAGCAAGAUGGUGGCAUUCAGCAGAUCCUCAGUGAACGAGAGGCUCUCCCUGUGAGAAAAUUUCAGGAUGAAAUAUUGCAUGCUGUACACAACAACUCUGUGGUGAUUAUAAGAGGAGCUACCGGCUGCGGUAAAACCACGCAGGUCCCGCAGUAUAUCCUGGAUGAGUAUGUCCGGAAUGGCAACGGAGCACAGUGCAAUAUUGUGGUGACACAGCCCAGGAGGAUCAGCGCAGUAUCAGUUGCAGAACGCGUGGCUUACGAGCGGGGAGAAGAGAUCGGGAAGAGUUGUGGCUACAGUGUGCGUUUUGAGUCUAUGCUGCCCCGUCCGCAUGCCAGUGUACUCUUCUGCACAGUGGGUGUCCUCUUGAGGAAACUGGAAUCUGGGAUCAGAGGAAUUAGCCAUGUUAUUGUGGAUGAGAUCCAUGAGCGGGAUAUUAAUACUGACUUUUUACUGGUUGUUCUGCGUGAUGUGAUCCAGACUUUCCCAGACAUCAGAGUUAUCCUUAUGUCCGCCACUAUUGAUACAAGCAUGUUCUGUGAAUAUUUUUUCAACUGCCCUAUCAUUGAAGUCUUUGGACGUACCUUCCCAGUGCAAGAAUACUUUCUGGAGGACUGUAUUCAGAGGACCCAGUUUAUCCCGCCUCCGAGAGAUAAGAAGAAAAAAGAUAAAGAUGAAGAAGGUGGAGAGGAUGAUGAGGCCAAUUGUAACUUAAUAUGCGAGGGUGAUUACGGUCCUGAGACGCAUCGUUCCAUGUCACAGCUGAGCGAGAAAGAAACUCCUUUUGAACUUAUCGAAGCUCUUCUAAAAUAUAUUGAAACAUUGAAUGCGCCAGGUGCCGUCCUUAUAUUUCUACCUGGCUGGAACCUCAUCUAUACCAUGCAGAAGCAUCUUGAGAUGAAUCCACAUUUUGGUAGCAACCACUACCGCAUUCUGCCGCUGCAUUCUCAGAUUCCACGAGAAGAGCAACGUAAAGUGUUUGAUCCUGUUCCUGAUGGUAUAAUCAAGGUUAUUCUGUCCACAAAUAUUGCAGAGACCAGUAUUACUAUAAAUGAUGUAGUAUAUGUCAUCGAUUCUUGCAAGCAAAAGGUGAAACUGUUUACUUCUCACAACAACAUGACAAACUACGCUACAGUUUGGGCUUCGAAGACUAAUCUAGAGCAGCGGAAAGGCAGAGCUGGUCGUGUGCGUGCGGGAUUCUGUUUCCACCUGUGCAGCAGGGCCCGAUUUGAGCGUUUGGAGACUCACCUUACCCCUGAGAUCUUCCGUACACCAUUGCAUGAAGUGGCUCUGAGCAUUAAACUUCUACGUCUGGGUGCCAUUGGACACUUCCUUUCAAAAGCCAUAGAGCCUCCACCGUUAGAUGCUGUGAUAGAAGCUGAGCACACACUAAGAGAGCUGGAUGCCUUGGAUAGUAAUGAUGAGCUUACUCCCCUUGGCAGAAUCUUGGCUAAAUUACCCAUUGAGCCACGUCUGGGGAAGAUGAUGAUUAUGGGUUGUAUUUUCUAUGUUGGGGAUGCUUUGUGCACUAUUUCUGCUGCAACUUGCUUCCCUGAGCCUUUUAUCAACGAAGGCCGUCGGCUGGGAUAUGUGCAUAGAAACUUUGCUGGGAACCGCUUCUCUGACCACGUGGCUUUGCUGUCCGUAUUUCAGGCAUGGGAUGACGCAAGAAUGGGAGGAGAAGAAGCAGAAAUGAGAUUCUGUGAGCACAAACGUCUCAAUAUGUCCACACUUCGCAUGACAUGGGAAGCAAAAGUACAGCUCAAGGAUAUUUUAGUAAAUUCUGGUUUCCCCGAAGAGUGUUUAAUGAAUCAAGUCUUCAAUAACACGGGCCCAGAUAACAAUUUAGAUGUAGUCAUUUCCCUGCUGGCCUUUGGAGUUUAUCCAAAUGUCUGUUACCACAAGGAGAAGCGCAAAAUUCUUACAACCGAGGGACGCAAUGCACUUAUUCACAAGUCAUCUGUAAAUUGCCCUUUCAGUAAUCAGGAUCAGAAAUAUCCUUCACCAUUUUUUGUCUUCAGUGAAAAGAUCCGCACCAGAGCCAUCUCUGCUAAAGGGAUGACUAUGGUGAGCGGCUUACAGUUGUUACUCUUCGCUUCCAAGAAAGUUAUGUCAGAUGGAGAGCUAAUUCUCCUGGAUGAUUGGAUCAAACUAGCAAUGCCUCAUGAAGAUGCUGCCUGUAUAACUGCUUUGAGAGCUUCAAUGGAGGCAUUGGUAGUAGAAGUGACAAAAGACCCAGAAAUUUUAUCUAAUUUUGAUCCAGUAAAUGAGAAGAUGUUGAACAUGAUCCGCUUGAUAUCAAAGCCCUCCACAUCUGGCCUUAACCUCAUGAUGGGCAAUUCCAGAUUUGGUGACGGUCCUCGUCCUCCAAAAAUGGCUCGGUUUGAUAGUGGAUUCCAAGGAAACAGAGGAAGGGGCUACCAAAGUGGAUAUAAUUCUGGAGGUGGUUAUCGAGGCUCUGGUUAUAGAGGGUUUAGAGGUGGUGAUGGUGGCUACCGGGGAGGAAACCAAGGAGGUGGCUACCGGGGAGGAAACCAAGGAGGUGGCUACCGGGGAGGAAACCAAGGAGGCGGCUACCGGGGAGGAAGCCAAGGAGGUGGCUCCUGGGGAGGAAGCCAAGGAGGUGGCUUUCGGGGAGGAAACCAAGGAGGUGGCUCCUGGGGAGGAAACCAAGAAGGUGGCUUCAAGGGUGGAAACCAAGGAGGGGGAUAUGGAGGUGGUUAUCAAGGAAGAGGUGGAGGUUUGGGAGGAAACUACAGAGGCCGAGGUGGUUUCUAAAUCCUGUGAAUUAUAGGGACUUAUUUUUUUAUUUUUAUUUUUUUCCUCCCCCAUCCUUUAACCCCUU